AACAGUUAUUUUACGUAUGUGGUGGUCUUGCUGAGCGAACGAUGAAGAAAACAUAGGCUACUGUUAUCACAGCUGAGAUGAUGCCAACCUUUCCGCAGACAGUGGGACUGGACGAAGCCAGGUGUCAUACUCAUUUAUGGCGUCAGUCUGCUGUAUUUGAACGAUGUACGCAGCUGCUUUUGCAUCCCGCUGUUACUUUGUGGUGAGAAGGCACAAAUUCAGCCAGACAUCGGAGUUGAUGGAAAUGACAGCGCACUGCUCCAAAUUCAUCCGCUUGAGCGAAGGAGGAUAGCCCGACAGGCGGACACAUCCUCGUGUUUUGGUGUUUUUAAACACAACAACAACAACAACAACAACAACAACAACAACAACAACAACAACAACCGCCCUGCAUCCAUCCGACUCCCACACAGCCAGACUCAGCAGUAAAAUCGUCGCAUUUGUGUCUCAUCACUUUGCAAAGAUGUCCUUCACAAUGGAGGAUAAUUUGGAGUCGGGGUGGGUGGCUGUGCGCCCUAAUGCGUUUGAGGAAAAGGAGAAGCAUAAAUUUGUUUUUAUCGUCGCGUGGAAUGAGGUGGAGGGUAAAUUUGCCAUCACGUGUCAUAACAGGACGGUGCAGAGGAGAAGCUUUGGCAGCAGGGAGGCAACCAGUCAGGAUGGGGACAAAACAAAAUGGCCCGGAAGUCCGUGCAGGGAUAAAGUGUCCAAAGGAGCCUGCAUGGAGGCCAAAAACAGGUCUCCUUCCGUGACAGCAUCAAAACAAAGUCCUGUCAAAACUGUGAUCAAAUCUGCGCCAUCCCCCUUCAGUCCUGACACAGAGGUGUUGAGGUCACCAAAAGAGGACCAGCUGUCCCCUUCACUGGACAGCUUGGACCUGGAGGAGCUGGACAGUCUAUGCAGGGAGGACUGCAGCUGGGCAGGGCUUUUUUCCUUUCAGGACCUGCGGGCGAUCCACCAGCAGCUGUGCUCGGUGAAUUCGGACAUGGGACCCUGCCUCCCGGUCUUUCCAGAGGAACCAUCCGGGAUGUGGACGGUGCUGUUCGGUCUGGCUGAGGUGUCAGAGAGCGAAAUGGAUGAACUGUGUUACAGUUUACAUGUGUACCUGGGCCACGCGCUCGAUACUUGUGGCUGGAAGAUCCUGUCGCAGGUGCUGUUCACAGAAAACGACGACCCGGAUGAGUACUACGAGAGCCUGAGCGAGCUGAGGCAGUCCGGGCACGAGGACGCGCUCAACCGUGCCACAAAACAUCUGCAGGAGCUGACGGAGAAGCACAAGGCGGUGGACAGCAUGGUGGAGCUGUUGGAACUGUAUGAGAAAGAGGACCAGGCCUAUGGAGGCUUGCUGGAGGCCUCCACACAGCUGUACCAGUACCUGUUGCAACCCUUCAGAGACAUGAGGGAACUAGCUAUGCUACGCAGACAGCAGAUCAAGAUCUCUCUGGAGAAUGACUAUUUGGGCCCAAGGCGGAUUGAAGCUCUAAAAAAGGAGGACUCCGACUGGCAGAAGAAAGCUCAGGAGGCAGUCCUCAACAUCCAGGAGUUUACUGUAAAAUACUUUGAGACCACUGCCAGAGCUCAGAAAGGAGUGUAUGAGCGUAUGAAGGUGGACCAGCGUAAGUUUGGGAAGGCUUCGUGGACAGCAGCGGUGGAGCGCAUGGAGAGACUCCGCUACUCUGUCGCCAAGGAAACCCUGCAGCUCCAGAGAGCCAGGGAGAUCUGUCUGGAACAGAGGAAACACACACUUCGAGAUGAGAUGCAGAGCCUGUGUAGCAGUGAGGAUGCAAUGGCCCUCUUAGACCACAUGGAGUCAAAGUACUAUGAGCUCCAGCUCCAACUGUAUGACAUCCAGGCUGAGAUCCUACAGUGUGAAGAGCUUCUUCUCACUGCUCAACUAGACAGCAUCCGCAGACAGAUGACAGAGCGUCAGGAUGAGGUGGUUUACUAUGACACCUUUGAAAGUGCAGAUGAUAUAAUAGAGGACGAUACUGCGGAGAGGGAAGAGCUGCGCAAACUUCAGGUCAGCGCUCGACAGCUGGAGGCACGAAGGGGGCGCAUCACUGCCAAGCGCUCCUAUCUGAGGAACAAGAGGGAGAUCUGUGUAUCAAACCACACUCAGAAGCAGCAGAAACGUCAAACCAUCCAGAAAGACUCCGUAUUGUACCAGCUGAAAAAUGAAGAAGAGGAAGAUGAGGAGAGAAAGAAUAGCAGAGUUAGUCAAGAGAGACAGAGAACUCUGGAUAGACUACGCACUUUCAAACAACGUUACCCAGGUCAGGUGAUACUGAAGUCUACUCGCCUACGUGUGGCCCACACAAGAAGGAGAGAGCGAGGGAGGAUUAUGGAAAUGGGUGGUGGGAGCGAGAGACAGGAGCGUGUGGACACUGUUUGUGUCCAGACGCAGGGCCAGCCUCUGUGUCUCAGUACCAGCGUGCAAACGGACCCCAGCCCCAGCUCCACACUCACCACCCAGCCCGUUACAGCCUUCACAGCAUCACUUCCACCGCUGCCAGUGCCCAGCCCUGCAGACUCCUCCUGCUCUCCCUGCUCCCUGUCCUCACUGCUGGCAUCACCCAUGUCUCCUCCUCCUCCACCUCCCCCUCCUCCUCCCCUCCCAACAAGGGAGCAGUUGUCACCCUCCGGUAGCCCAGGCCGCCAGGGGCAGAAGGCUGAGGAAAAAGGUGCAGCAGACGAGCUCUGUCUCUCCCCACUCGGCCCAUUCAUCCCUCGCUUCUUUGACAGCAGCCAACUGGAGAGUGCACGAAAAAAGCUGAGGAAGAUUCCAGAGUUUGAGGCCCAGAGCAGAAGAGUGAGCUCACCUAUGGACGAGGUGCUGGCCUCCCUGAAGAGAGGCAGCUUUCACCUGAGAAAAGUCGACCAGCGGUCCCUGCUUCCUGCCAAGGGUGACGAUGACCCCAACAGCAUCUUAGCUCAGAUCCGCAAGGGGGUCAAACUGAGGCAAGUCCCCCAGAAAGAGAAAAAAGACCAUGAAGAGUUCCUAACCUCCACUGACCCUCUGACCAGGAGCAUCCAUGAGGCUCUGCGUCGCAUCAAAGAGGCCUCUCCAGACUCUGACUCAGAUGACGAUGGGCUGGCCGGCCCAGACUGGGAAAGCUAGGGUUUGAAGGGUCAAACACAACAAAUAAAACACACAGGGAUGCUUGCACCCUCUGCACACACUGCACUGUAAUGCACUGUGUGUGCUCUGCGCUGUACUACACACACACACACACACACACACACACACACACACACACACACACACACACACACACACACACACACACACACACAAACA